AUGCUGCGGAGGGAGCAUCGGCCGGGUUUAGAUGCUGCUCUUGUCAUUAAACAGCGGCUGCCCUGCAGCCUCCCUGACCACAGAAGACUGUCUGCAUUGAAUUCGGGAGAAAAACGAGGCUCAGAGUGGGACGACGCUUGUCCAAAGCCACACGGCUAUCGGACGCGGGUAUGUCCAUCCCGGGGUCCACAACAGCCCAGCAUCUCCAUAUUUUUAAACUUGUCCUGCCCAGGCUUCUUCUUAGGCCCCUUCUCUGCCUGGGGGCCACUGCUGCUUCCUUCCUGCACCCAGGAGACAGGGAGCUUCCCCUGGCUGCCCGACACAGACCUCCAUCCGUGUGCUCAGGCUGACCGCCAAGACUGGCUCCGCUUCUCCCCCGCUGUGGGGUGGAGUGAAGCUGGAACGAUCGCCUCUGGGGACUUCAGCGGAGCCACCAUGCACCCUGACGCUGUGAUCGGAAACCAGCCCGACAGCAGCGGGGGCCGCCAGGCACAGGGACACCGGGUGACAGGAGCCCGGCCCUGCUCUGCCCGCCCGGACCUCACAUUCCAGGGUGGGAGCCCUAUGGUGCCUGGAAUGACACAGUCUGUGAUGAGAGCCAGCAAGGGCAGGACAACUUCCGGGAGCAUCUCUGUCAACAAGGGUGGAGGAGCAGCCCUGGCAAAGGACCCUUCCUGACUGAGGCGGAGAUAGGGAGGCGGCAGAGAGGGGAGGGAGCGCCACUUGCAAAGGCCUGACAGGCUUCUGCCCAUUGAGUCUGUGCUGCCGGGAUGUGACGAUGUGACUGGCUCCGUUUUACAAGGGAGAAAACUGAGGUUUGAGACUUGAAAGGCCCUUGGGUGGGCGGGGAGGGAGUGGCAGAGCCUGUAGGA